UUACCACCUACGCUUGUCUGUUUAACUUGAAUGCGUAUUUUCACAUGUGAACGCUGUGGGGAAUUGUUAUAGUUUGUUAAUAUCACAGGCUGUAUUGGUAUUAAGAUGGAGGAAACGAUAAUAACUCUAUUUCUCUUGCUGUUAUCUCUGAAUGCAUCAGACACCUUCAACAUUGAUACCAAUAGAAAGGUGCACUUCCAAAAAGACAAUGGCAUCCUGUUUGGUCAGAAUGUUAUUCAAUACAGUCAUGGGAUAUUGGUCAGUUCUCCCCUGUAUACCAGUGACAACAGACACUAUGGGAAAAUAGAGAACUGCAAUCCAAAAACAAAGUUAUGUGAACAUAUCAUUCUCAAAGAAGAUAAGAAGUCUCGUAUCAGGUCCGGCUUUGCCAUGGCUGCCAACUUACUACACUCACAAUUCUUGCUGUGUCAGCAACACCGGAAACGGCCUCAUAAGAACAGUGAAAAUUUGAAUGGAGUUUGCACAUUCCUGUCUUCAGAACUAAAGGAAACAUCUUCUUUUGACACUGCCUCAUUGGUGGAAUCCAGUGUUGGGAAUAACGACAAUAGCAAGCUGGAAAGACUUGAAGAGUUUGCAAGAAAAGACAAGCUAAUUACUGCCAAGAACAACAACAACAACAACAACAACAAAGAAGACAGUGAAUUCUCAGAGAUGGAGAUUGCAUUUGUGCUGGAUGGAUCUGGGAGUAUCGAUGCCUUGGAUUUCACAAGGACAAAAAACCUGAUCAUAAACUUAAUGAAAAAUGUUUGGAAACAGUGUCUUCAGUGUGAAUUUGCCUUGGUGCAGUAUGGUGAAGAAAUUAAGACAAUAUUUGAUCUGAAGGACAGUCGAGAAAUGAAUUCUAGAAUAUUCUCAAUUGUAAAAAAUAUGCCUCAAUUGGGUAAGGUCACAAAGACGGCUUCAGCAAUACAACAUGUUCUUGACAACAUUUUCAAUGAAACACAAAGCUCCAACAAAAAUGCCAAGCGGGUUAUCAUUGUGGUGACAGAUGGAGAAAUAUUCAGGGAUGAGAGAAAUCUAAUGGAUAUUGUCAACUCGAGUAAAAUGGUGAAUGUGACACGUAUAGCUAUUGGGGUUGGAUCAAUCUUUACCAGGCAAGGAGCAAUGAAUGAGCUGAAACUAAUUGCUUCUGAUCCAGAUGAGAAAUAUGUAUUCCAGGUGGAUAACUACGCUGCUUUAGAUGGUCUCCUGGCAAGUCUAGAGACACAUAUUGUUGGAAUUGAAGUUGCAGCUGAAGUCAGUGCUGGGAAUAACAGCAACAACAACAACAACAGUGGCAAUAAUGACAGGAACAAGGACUGGGAAGAAGAAAAAGCCAAACAAAGCAACAAGAACAGCAAUAACAACAAUGAGUUGGAAGAGGAAGAUGAUGAAUUCCCAGGCACAGAGAUUGCAAUCGUUCUGGAUGGAUCGGGAAGCAUCGAUGCAGCUGAUUUCCAGAAAGCAAAGGACUUUGUUAUAAGCAUAACAAAAAACAUUUGGAAAAGGUGCCUUGAGUGUGAAUUUGCACUGGUGCAGUACGGUGAGGAAAUUAAGACGAUAUUUGAUCUGAAGGACAGCCAGCAAAUGAGUUCUGGAAUUUUCUCAAUUGUAAGAAAUAUGUCUCAACUGUGUAAAGUCACAAAGACAGCUUCAGCAAUGCAACAUGUCCUUGACAACAUUUUCAAUGAAACACAAGGCUCCAGAAAAAAUGCCAAACGGUUUAUCAUUGUGGUGACAGAUGGAGAAAUAUUCAGGGAUGAGAGAAACCUUACAGAUGUUGUCAACUCGAGUAAAAUGGUGAAUGUGACACGUAUAGCUGUUGGGGUUGGAUCAAUCUUUACCAGACAAGGAGCAAUGAAUGAGCUGAAACUAAUUGCUUCUGAUCCAGAUGAGAAAUACGUAUUCCAGGUGGAUAACUACGCUGCUUUAGAUGGUCUCCUGGCAAGUCUAGAGAAAAAUAUUGUUGGAAUUGAAGGUACCCAGGGCACAAACGUUAGUGCGUUUCAGAUGGAGCUGGCCCAAGUUGGAUUUAGUGCACAUUACUCUGCUGAUGGCAACAUUUUGCUUGGUGCUGUAGGAGCAUAUGACUGGAGUGGAGGAGUAAUAAUGUACAACCAAGCAACAGGAGCACAGUUUCUAAAUGAGUCCAAAGGAACACUUGAAGCAGCUUAUGGUUACCUUGGGUACAGUGUAGCUACAAUAAAGGGAGCGAGUGGGCAACACCUGUACAUUGCUGGAGCCCCUCAGCAUAGCCUGACUGGAAGAGUCCUAGUAUUUCAAGCAGGAACUCCUGUCAAAAUAAAACAACGUCUUGCAGGGAAACAGUUGGGCUCAUACUUUGGUUCAGAGCUGUGCUCCAUCGACGUAAACAAUGACAGUGUAACAGAUUAUCUUCUUGUUGGUGCUCCAUUCUUUCAUGUACAAGGAGAGGAGGGCAUGGUUUAUGUCUACCGUCUCAAUGAUAAGAAUACUUUUGAAGAUAAGGAGAGUUUGACAGGAAUAUCAAGCAUUACCAAUGCAAGAUUUGGAGUUGCCAUUUCAAAUAUAGGUGACAUCAACAUGGAUGGAUACAAUGAUGUAGCAAUUGGAGCUCCUCUGGAGGAAGACCAUGGAGGAAGUGUCUAUAUCUUUAACGGAUAUCGAGAUGGCAUCCACAAGACUCAUUCCCAGCGAAUAAGGGGGAAGGACGUUAUGCUUGGACUGCAGUACUUUGGACAAUCAAUAGCUGGCACAUCAGACAUGGAUGCAGAUGGGCUCCUUGAUAUAACAGUUAGUGCACUCGACAAUGUUGUAGUGCUCAGCUCAAGACCAGUUAUCAACAUUGGGGUGAAUGUCACAUUUUUUCCGAAGAUGGUGCCUUUGUCUUUCACAGCUACCUCUGGACUGGAGAAAAUUUUUCAAGCUUCUGUGUGUUUUACCACUCAAUCGAAGUUUGCAUCAUUAGAUUUGAAGAAUUCCUUUGUGAAUUAUACCAUCAACCUGGAUACAAAGCAGGAGAGUAAAAGAGUGAAAUUUGCAAAAAAUGAUGCAACUCCUAACUCUCUGUCUGAUUUUGUGAGGAUCUCAUCUGAUGUCUGUAAAAACUAUUCACUCGUUGUGCAGCGUUGCACAAUUGAUUGUAUCUCUGCAAUUAUUGUAGAGGUGAACUACACACUGAACAAUACUGAAGAGAAGGCUAGACUACCCUCACCAAUUCUCGAUCAUUUUACCAAGCCUUCAACACAUUUUGAGAUCGAAUUCCAGAAGAACUGCGGCUCUGAUAAUAUCUGCAACGCAAAACUAGACUUGGCAUCCAAUCUGCCACAAAACUUUACUUGGAUUGUUGGUAAGACAAAAGAAGUGAGUUUGAAGAUUGAUCUGUCCAAUAUUGGAGAAGAUUCAUAUCUCACCACCAUGGUCCUGUCCUACCCAAAGAGCUUUUACUUCAAGGGGAUCUCAAAAACACUGCUUGGAGAUGUCAAGUGUACCGAUCUAGAAACAACAUCUUCCUUAUCAUUCUUAAGCUGUGAGAUUUCCCACCCAGUAUUCAAGAACGCUUCACAAGUGAACUUUUCUAUUUCUUGGGAUCUUGAGACAGCCCCAUUUAAGGAGGAAUUUGCAAGUGUCAGCAUCAAUGUCAGCAAUAAGAAUGGAGUUGGAGGAGCUGUUCAUGCUACCCAUAAUAUUACAGUGAGGCAUGGGUUGAAUGUGUUUCUGAAAGCAGAAAAUCAAAUAACUAAAAUUGACAUCAGCAAUGAUGUGGAUGAGACUGUAAAGAUUAAUUUCCAGGUCAACAUGGACAACCCUUACAAUGCUUCGGUAAAUCUAACAGUGUCAAUUCCAGUGAAAAUACAGAACCGGCAAAUACUCACGCUGCAACAGGGAACUUUGAAACAUUGUAAGAAAAUACAGAAGACCUUAGAAAUGCAGCCAGCACAGAAAGGAACCGAUCAAUGGGUCUGUUACAUGGAGGGAUGUGAAUGUUGGCAUUUUGCGUGCACACUCACAGAAGCAAAACAAGAUAUCGACCUAACGACAAAGUUGUCAUUGAGCAAUUUAAAACAGCUUGUAAAGAAUAAGGCUGAUAUUGUGGUCUUGGGAGCUGUUGAGUUUGAUAAAACGCUAUAUCAGGAAACAUCUAAUGCUGAAGAUGUACGUCACAAGAUAAAGGUACAUGUGAACAUUGUAAAUACUCCGGUCUUUAACGCUAUUCCAGUGGUGGCUGGGAGUUCAGUUGGCGGAAUCCUGCUUCUACUUUUGUUGAUUAUACUUCUUUACAAAUGUGGCUUUUUCAAACGAAAUUACAAAGACAUGAUUGAAUUUGAAGAAGAAACAGAACAGUAAACAUUGAAAUCAAGGAAUUAACUUGCUAUCGUUGAUGAAUCAUUCAUAGCGAACAUUCAAUCAGUAUAUUAAAUAAUGUAUAAUACAUUUAAUUAAACUUUUCAGCAGCAGCAUAACCCACAUUUGAACUGAAUAAAAAUGCUCCAGAUGUGAUCUUUUCUGGGAUUUUCUGAAAGGAGAAAACCACAAACUCAGUUAAAUGCAAAGUAUAUUCUGUUCGCACUAAAUUCUUAGUACAUUUGGAUCUGAAAAACAGAAUGCCAUUCUGUGUAUUGACAACCUGCAGAGAGAUUAGAUCUGCAACAUAUGCUCGAGCAGGGGAUUACUCAAUAGAUCACUUUUGGAGCAAUUUAUAUCAAGCCUACUCUAAUCAAUCUGCUUCAAACAAAAUUCUUCAAAUGUUUUUCUUUAAGGUGUAAUUACUUAAGUUUAUUGUCUUUUUAAUUCAAAUUUGUAAUAAAUUGAAAGUAUAUUG